UGUGUUUGUCAGCCAUGCUGCCCGUCGUCGCCGUGUUCGCUUUGCUCGUUUGCAUCACCCGCUCAUCCACGGGCCUUCCCUUUGAGCAGAAGGGAUUCUGGGACUUCGGGAAGGAGUUUGACGUGCAGGAUCUACUUAUGAUGAUGAAGGACGAAGAGGACGGGUCGGCCUUCGGCGAGGUGGACCCACAGGAACAGCCCGGCUGUCCCUUCGGCUGUCAGUGCAGCUUGCGGGUUGUGCAGUGCUCCGACCAAAAUCUGUAUGAAAUUCCCCGUGAUAUUCCCCAUGACACUCGUCUCCUGGACCUCCAAGGCAACAAGAUCACUGAGAUCAGAGAGAACGACUUCAAAGGCCUCUACCAGCUUUACGCGUUGGUUUUGGUGAAUAACAUGAUUUCCAGGGUGCAUCCUCGAGCCUUCCUGCCCCUGGGACGCAUGCAGAAGCUCUACCUUUCCCACAAUCACCUGCCUGCCGUGCCCAGAAACCUGCCUGCCUCGCUGGUGGAGCUGCGUAUCCAUGACAACCGCAUCAAGAAGGUGGCGGCGGGAACCUUCUCUGCUCUGGGUACCAUGAACUGCAUUGAGAUGGGUCGUAACCCCCUUCAGAAUAGCGGCCUGGAGCCAGGAGCAUUCACUGGCCUCAAACUGAACUUCCUGCGUAUCUCUGAGGCCAAACUCACUGGCAUCCCCAGAGACCUCCCUGAAAAUCUUCGUGAACUUCACUUGGAUCAAAAUCAGAUUCAGGCGAUCGAGCUGGUGGACGUCAGCCAGUACAGAGACCUCUUCAGGCUGGGUCUUAGCCACAAUCGCAUCCGUCACAUUGAGCACGGCAGUCUAGCAUACGUCCCCAACCUGAGAGAGCUCCACCUGGACAACAAUCGCCUUAACAAAGUCCCUUCAGGUCUGGCUCAAAUGAAAUACGUACAGGUUGUCUACCUUCAUUCCAACAACAUCAGUGAGGUUGGCGUCAACGACUUUUGCCCCACAGGCUUCGGGAUGAAGAAGACCUUCUACAACGGCAUCAGUCUGUUCGACAACCCCAUCAGCUACUGGGAGGUGCAGCCCGCCACCUUCCGCUGCGUGGCGGACAGAAAUGCCGUUCACUUCGGCAACCACAAGAAGUAGGGCGACUCGCGAGCCUCGCCAUAGAAAAGUACUUUGAAAUCUAAAUGAAGUGGAAUGAAUAUUUUAAAAUCCACAUGAGGGAUUGCAGUGGGUAUUUGAAUUAGUGCUUGAAAUAAAAUGGCUCAAGGAAUGCUUGGAAUAUGUGGUUAUGAAUGGGGACAGAGGCAAUACACGUCAGCAGUGGUAACACAAAGAGGGACGCAGGAGGGAAACUUUUUUUCGACAAGCAGGCCAUUGGACUUUAAGGUUUUUUAAACACAGUUAAAGGUUAGGGGGGAAAGCAGAUAUUGAACGAGGGGCUAUCAAUGAAAACUGUAAUAAGCAAUUCAAUUUAAAUGUAGCUUUUUUUAUUCUUCUCAGUAAAUGACAGGCAUUGGAAAAAUGAUUGCUAUCAUGUUAACUGCCGUCAUAUGUUUUCAGUUGUCAUGGUUAUCAACAUGUCUUAAUGAGUCACAACUUUUAUACAAAAUUGCCUAAAGAAUGCAGACAGUAUGUAAUUUAUCAUUUUUUUCAGGAUCAACAAAUUAAGUAGGAAAGACAUAUCAAUUACACUUUGUGCCUUUAAUGUAUUAAACUGGAUACAACAUAUUAGUCAUUCAAGUCAUUCAGGAUUCACGGUUCCAAAAGCAUAAAGGUUGUGUACAUUAUGUAUAAUUGAAAUAUGUGGAUAUAAUGGGAUAAACUGGAUAAACCUAUGCCUGAAAACAUCCGGGUGCUAGUGCUUUUGCCUCGACAUCAUGGUUUAAAGUACAUCUCUGUAAUAUCUAAAGUUGUCAGGGAAGAUCAUUUUCUUGAGCAUUGAUGAAGCCUUAGAGACUGAACAACUCGCACAACUCUUCCACUGAUGUGGUUCUCAUGCUAGGAAGACAUAGGCCAGCUAACGUGAGAAAACAAUUCUUGGUGUUUCGGUGAGAGGUCGUGAGACUGAGAAUGAACAAGGUCUUUCUCACAAAUUGCACCUACAUAAAAAUAAUACGUGUACGUGUGUGUGUGUGUGUGUAUGUGUGUGU